CCCAGACGCGCGGGUACAAACGGAACGUUGCACGCGCCUGCGGCAGCAGGUUUAGGGUUCGGCGAGAGACGGGAUGAGGACGGCGGCGGUUCUGGGGCUCGUGCUGCUCCUGGGCUCGGUGUGGAUGAUCCACAGCGAUGACAUCAGCCCAGAGAAGCUCAUACAGGAUGGCUUUGACCUGGACCGCUUCAUGGGGCGCUGGUACGAUCUGGCGGUGGUCUCCACCUGCCCCCACUACAUGCACAGGAAGAGGGUGAGCCCCGUCAUCGUGGCACUGGACCUGCAAGGCGUCGGUCCCGGGCGCAACUUCACAGUCACGUCCACGCGCAUCAGGAACGGCACGUGCCAGCCGUCGUCCAGGCUUUUAAGCCUGACUGAUGUUCCGGGAAGGUUCUUCCAUCAUAAUCCCAAGUUCUCGGCGGACGUCUAUUCCUACGUGCUCCGCGUGAGCUACGAGCAUUACGCCGUGUUGCUGCUCCUGAGCACCGAGCAGCCGUCGGGGAACAGAACCACGUCGCUGAAGCUUCUCAGUCGCGCUGUCGACGUGAGUCCCGCUGCGCUGGAGGAGUUCAAAACGCUGGUCAGACAGCACAAACUGAGAGACGACAGCAUCAUCAUGAACAAAGAUGUGUGCACUGUCAAUCAGCACGUGACGGAAGCUACCGCUCAGCCUCAGGUUUCUGGGUCGAAAACGAAUGCGGUGCCGCCUGAGAACGAGAACAAGGUCAGACCCUGAACACUCACCAGACAACCAGGAGGAGAUGACGUCACGUCGUUACUGCGCCGAAUUAAUCUGUUUUUAUCUUAAUACGCAUUAGGAAUAAAGUCCACAAACAAAGUCACACGUAUUAGGUUAGCGUCAAAACCAAAUGUAUGGCAAAUUUGUAAUGUGGGUUUUGUUAUAAAGUGCUUUUAUCAACCAACCAGUCCACGCAUUAAAAACAAGCUCCUGAUAAAACACA